CCGCCAAAAAUUCCCAGCGCGGAUCGCUCGCCUGCCUAACCGUCACCGCAACAAACUGCUCGCUAUCAAAAUCGCUUGUUGCUAGCUGUAGUGUGUAUAUACACACACCGGUGUCCGGUGGCCUGAUCUGGUAGCUCUGUUAAUCAGCCAGAGCGGUGUGUCGUCGUUGCUAGAGCGUAUAAGUGACAAGGGUGGUCGAGCGAUCGAUCGAACCAUGGAGAGCCCGGACUCGUCGUCCGGCUCGGCGCCGCCGCGAGCACUGCGGCGGCAGCAGCAGCCGGGCGGCUCGGCGCCGGAGCUGCCACCGGGGUUCCGGUUCCACCCGACGGACGAGGAGCUGGUGGUGCACUACCUCAAGAAGAAGGCCGCCUCCGUGCCGCUCCCCGUCACCAUCAUCGCCGAGGUCGAUCUCUACAAGUUCGACCCCUGGGAGCUCCCCGAGAAGGCGAGCUUCGGGGAGCAGGAGUGGUAUUUCUUCAGCCCGAGGGACCGCAAGUACCCGAACGGGGCGCGGCCGAACAGGGCGGCGACGUCGGGGUACUGGAAGGCCACCGGCACCGACAAGCCCAUCAUGGCGUCGGGGAGCAGCCGCGAGAAGGUCGGCGUGAAGAAGGCGCUCGUGUUCUACCGGGGCAAGCCGCCCAAGGGCAUCAAGACUAACUGGAUCAUGCACGAGUACCGCCUCACGGACACGACGUCGUCUAGCUUGACAGCCGCCGGCGUCGCGACGACCAGGCGGCCGCCGCCAACCAUCACCGGCGGUAGCAGAGGCGCCGUCUCUCUCAGGCUGGACGACUGGGUGCUGUGCCGCAUAUACAAGAAGACGAACAAGGCCGGAGCGGGGCAGAGGAGCAUGGAGUGCGAGGACUCCAUAGAGGACGCGGUGACCGCGUACGCGCCGUCGCAGCCGCACGCCACGGCUGUUGGCAUGGCCGGUCCAGGCGGCGGCGCCGGAGGAGCGGCGGCGCACGGCGGCGGCGACUACAGUUCGCUGCUCCAUCACCAUCACGACAGCCACGAGGACAACUUCCUCAUCAACGGCCUGCUCACGGCAGAGGACGCCGCCGGCCUCUCGACCGGCGCCAGCUGCUCUCUCAGCCAGCUCGCCGCGGCGGCGAGGGCGACGGCGACGGCGACCACGUGUGACACCACCAGGCAGCUUCUUGCUCCGUCUCCAACCCCGUUCAACUGGUUCGAGGCAUUCCUUCCACGGGGCAAGGAGUUUCCUGGUGGGCCAAACAGAGCCAGCGCUAGAGACAUCGGCGACAUGUCGCUGUCGUCGUCGACGGCGGACAGAAACCAGCUGCAGGCUGAGGAAGUCGCCGUGGACAUUGACACCGGCGACGCCACCCAUGGCGCAAACGCCAUGCCUGCGUUCAUCAACCCGCUCACCGUGCAGGGUGCAACCUACCAGCAACACCAUGCCAUCAUGGGAGCCACGCUGCCGUCGGAGUCCUCAGUAGCAGCAGCAGCGGCCUGCAAUUUCCAGCAUCCCUACCAACUGUCCAGGGUGAAUUGGGAUCCCUGAAUAAAAGGUGCCAGCAUCAUAUCAGGCAUACACAUAUAUGCACACACAUACGUGCAUGGCUUUUCAAGUAGUAGCACAACACUAGUAGUAAUUACACUGGUGUGUGGCAGUCGCAUUCAGUGAGCACUAGCUGAUCAAGUAGCUGCAUGAACACAACACUAAUGCAUGCACACUACAUAUGGCCGCAUUGUUCCUAGGGCACGUACCUGUACGAACUAGGUAGGUGACCUAAUUAACCAGCUAGAUCAUAUUCAAAAUAAGGAGAAGCAGCAGCUGCACGUAAACACAUAGAUCAUACGUGUUGGCUACUUGGCUUCGAUCACAUGCGUCUGAACCAUUAAAACCUUAUGCAUGCAGAAAAUAGUGCUGCUAACACAUAGAUAUGAUGUUAGCUUCGUGCGCUUCUGCACCAAAUAUAGCGAAUGCAGAAAGUAGCUGGACCUGCACUGUUCAUCGUCACGAUCCCAUCAGAUAUAAACUUUAUAACCUUUGGGGUUACCCUUCUAAA